AUGUCUGUACUGUCCCUAACUUCAUCCCCAAACUUCAUCCCAAACAUCAUCCCUAAUGUCAUCCCUAACUUCAUCCCUAACUUCAUCCCUAACUUCAUCCCCAACGUCAUCCCCGACUUCAUCCCAAACUUCAUCCCUAACGUCAUCCCUAACGUCAUCCCUAACGUCAUCCCAAACUUCAUCCCCAACGUCAUCCCUAACUUCAUCCCUAACGUCAUCCCCAACGUCAUCCCAAACUUCAUCCCAAAACUUCAUCCCCAACGUCAUCCUAAACUUCAUCCCCAAACUUCAUCCCUAACUUCAUCCCUAACGUCAUCCCAAACUUCAUCCCAAAACUUCAUCCCUAACUUCAUCCCCAACGUCAUCCCCAAACUUCAUCCCAAACUUAAUCCCGAACUUCAUCCCCAACGUCAUCCCCAAACUUCAUCCCAAACUUAA